UUUUUUGCUCCUCCCUCCCUCUCUCUCAUCACCAUGGAUUCAACACUUCUUCCCUAAAAUUCAUAAACCCUCAGAGAGGAUUACUACGUCACACGAUUUACAAACAAUCAAAAACGAGAAUUAUCAAAACCUUUUUGGGGGUUUGAUUUGUUCCAAAUAGUUAUCUUGAUUUUUUCGUCAUCUUUUUUAUCGAUUCGUUUGAGGAGUAUUAUGUACAGAUCUGGAGCUGUGAUGGCUUGGAAUGUGUUCAAAUUCUGUACGGCCCUUAGAGGGUUAGGCUCGAUCAUGAUCUUGUUGGUUCUUGGUGUUGUUGGUGUCACCUAUUACGCCGUCGUCUUGUGCAAUUAUGGACCUGCUUUGGCCGCCGGUGGCCUUGAUUCGCUCAUCGCACUUCUUAUUUUAAUCGUAUUUCAUACCCUGUUGGUGAUGCUAUUAUGGAGUUAUUUCUCUGUGGUGUUCACGGAUCCUGGUGGUGUGCCACCUAAUUAUAGACCACUAGUGGAUCAAGAAAGAGGAGAAAUCGAUCCAUUAGAAGCAUCUGAAUUUGGCCCAUUGAAUUCACCUGAUCCAAACAAUUCAAGAAUCCGGUAUUGUCGCAAGUGUAACCAGUUAAAACCACCUCGUUGCCACCAUUGUUCUGUUUGUGGGAGAUGUGUUUUGAAGAUGGAUCAUCAUUGUGUGUGGGUUGUUAAUUGUGUUGGGGCACUAAACUACAAGUAUUUCCUUCUUUUUCUGUUUUACACGUUUUUGGAGACAACGGUGGUGACUUUAGCCUUGCUACCACAUUUCAUAGCAUUCUUUAGUGAUGGAGAGAUUCCCGGGUCACCUAGCACUUUAGCAACAACCUUUCUUGCUUUUGUCUUGAAUUUGGCUUUUGCUUUAAGCGUGUUGGGGUUUCUUAUUAUGCACAUAUCUUUGGUCUCUGCUAAUACCACAACAAUCGAGGCAUACGAGAAGAAAACCACUCCAAAAUGGCGUUAUGAUCUUGGUCGCAAGAGGAAUUUUGAACAGGUAUUCGGAACUGUAGAAAAGUAUUGGUUCAUUCCCGCAUACUGUGAAGAAGAUUUGAGAAGAAUGCCUGCUCUUCAGGGCCUGGAGUAUCCAUCAAAGCCGGAUUUGGAUGCCCAAGAAUUCUAAAAUCAUCCAAAAAAAGAAAAGACAUGACAUGUUUUUGGUUUAUAGCAUCACCCUACACCCCCAACACACCUCAUGAUGUGAUGCACUCAACUGAUUUUGGGACCCGUUUUAACUUGGUUAGAAGUAGCAGAAGGGGGAGGAGGUAAAUGUUUAUUUGUUGGGUUUGGUCAGGGUUUGUGGAAGGAAAAGUUAGUGUAAGAAAGAAGCUAUAUAAGAAUGUACAUUAGUAACAUUUUCAACAGUUUUAUUCUAUUCUCCACAC